UUAACGCUUCGGUCGCAAAUCGGCGCGGUGAAACUAUAGAAAACUAACUAAACUAGUGGCAAGUGCAAAAACGGGACGGAACGAAAUGCGGCAGCAAAUAGUUAACUAAAUUGAUCACAAUUACCGUGCGAAAUCAGUGUGGGCGCCACGAAGAUCUUAAUUCAGGAUACAAGCCCCCUGGAGCGUUUUAUUUAGAGGAAAUUGAGGGCUGCCCAUAGGAAUUCCCCAGGCCUGCGGACUGUCAAAAAAUAUAUGUUAAAUUUUUAAGUGAAGCGUGAUUUAGAAAGAAACUAGGAAAACUGGCUACCAGCGACAAAUUGUCCACUUUUUAUGUGGGCAUGGACGAGGAGGAGGAGGAGGAGGUCACGGAUCUGAAGCUGCAGUUGUUCCACAAUACAGUACGCGAGCACAUUAUUUUUCUGCUACUGAUCAUCUUGCUGUACUUCAGCUCUUAUGUGGUUGUAUCACGUUUUCGGCGGCGCGACCGUGACGAUCUCUAUUCGAAUGACGAGGACGAGGUGCUGGUCUAUCGGAUAAGCUUUUGGCUUUGCACAUUCACACUGGCCGUGGCCGAAGGGGCUGCCAUGCUGCUGCCCGUUUCCAUCGCCAGCAACGAGGUGCUGCUCUUGUAUCCCAACAGCUACUAUGUGAAGUGGCUCAACAGUUCGCUUAUACAGGGCCUGUGGAACCAUGUAUUCCUCUUCUCCAAUCUGUCACUGUUCAUCUUUCUGCCAUUCGUCUAUUUGUUCUCGGAAUCCACGGGGUUCGUGGGACACAAGAAGGGCAUUCUGCCGCGCGUCUAUGAAACCUUUACAGUAUUCAUGCUGAUGGCCGUUAUUGUCCUGGUACUAACCGCCGUCCUAAGUGCAGUCUUUGGCAUUGAAAAGUUUCAGUUCUUUUGGUUUCUAAAUUUAGGCAGUGUUCACCUGCCAUUCCUUUAUUCGUGUGUCUCUUUUCUGGGCGUGAUGCUUAUGCUGAUUUGCACCCCCUACGGCUUUGUGCGUCUGUUUGGCGUUGUGAACCAGGUACUGGUUCGACCCAUGCUGCUGCGCGACGUCAACGAGGAGUUCAGCGCCUUCUACAUGGAGGAGGCGAGUGUGAAGCGAAAACUGGCCCACAUCGAGCUGCACAACGUGAGCAUCUCGGAUGCCGCCAACGGUGGUCGCCUGGGCAAUGGCAUUGGAAACGGACGUGGGCGCACCUUCUACCCGCAGCCGCUCCUGCAGCAAUCGCAGGCUCAUCUCUACCAGCGCAAGGCGAUGGCCAGCGACGUGGGUGAGCUCAACGAUAGACUGAGAGAACUGGACUCCGAGCGCAAGGAACUUGACAAGCUGCGCAAAUCGAGCACCUUCCAACGCACCUUCGUCUAUCCGCUGGCCAUGCUGCUGCUGCUAUUUUGCACAGGAGUCACCAUUCUGCUGGUGGUGCAGAACACUCUGGAGCUGCUGAUAGGCAUUAAGGCGCUCCCACUUAGCACCAGGCAAUUUACCCUGGGCAUCUCAUCGCUCUCGAAGCUGGGUCCCUUUGGCGCCGGCCUGGAAGUGUGUCUGAUCUUUUACUUGGGCGCCACCUCGGUGGUGGGCUUCUAUAGCAUGCCCUUCAUGCGAAACGUUUGUCCCAAGCGGCGCCAGACCUCGCUGCCGCAGCUAAUGCUGAACUGUGGCUUCAUGCUGGUUUUGUCCUCGGCGCUGCCGCUUCUCAGCAGGAUCAUAGGCAUCACAAACUUUGACCUGCUGGGCGACUUUGGGGCCAUCGAGUGGCUGGGCAACUUUCAGAUUGUGCUGUUCUACAAUUUGGUCUUUGGAACCACCACGGCCCUCUGUCUGGCCAACAAGUUCACGGCCACGGUGCGACGGGAGCUGAGAGCCCGGUUAGUGGAGAACUAUGUGCUCUUUACUAACUACAUGAGCUUCAUCAACUGAUAUUGGCGCAAGCGACACGACAAUGCGUUCUGUGCACACCGCCACAUGGUGCAACGCCUUGUCGAGUCGCCGCUAAAGAGCCUAACUAGUUUCUAUACCAAGUAUCGUAAUCUUAGUCGUAAGCGCAGUCGCAAUACCACCGCUAGUCGCAAGGCAAACGAAAUGAACUGUUGAGGAAUACGCAAAACAUGGGAGAUGGGCAGCUGAACCUAUAUAAUAUACCUUUACAUAUGUUAUAUGAUCACGUAUAGUUGUGCAGAACUGAUACUAAUAUUUAAAUGUUGCGCUGUUAACUGUUGUGCUUAAUUGUUGUACUUUAUACAGAGUCCUCUGCUUGAAGGGGACCCGCAUAUCACCGUGCCGCCAGUUUAUAGAGGUCUUCGGCACUCGCGUACCAAGCUAUAUGUAUUUGCAGAAUUCUCGCCCAUAUUUAACGUGUAAAUAGAGAAUGUUAUAGUGCAACAUGAGCCACAGUCAACCGUUUGCAAUAGUCGUAGGCUAGAGUUUCGUGUAUUUUAAUCAAUUUCUUGUCGUUCACAGUCAAGUGUUGAAUUCCAUUUCAUACAUGUUUUUCGCUAUUUAUCAAUGUAUUUUUGAGUUAUUUAUAUAAGAUUUUAACAAUGUUCCUUAAAUAGCGCAUCGACUGAGGCGCCUUCAUUUCAUUUUACUGCAUACUCAAAUCUGUAACCCAAUAUUCACACAAUCACACACUUACAAGCGUCUAAAACUUAUGUGAUAAAAUAUAAUAAACAAAGCAUUUUACUAAAUUAACCGA